GGACAAAAAAAAAAUAGUGUAUUGUUAAAAUCUGAUGAUAAUCGGUUUGAGAGAGCUCGCUCUUUGGUUCACCUCAACACAGAAAAUGAUCAUCAAAUUGAUGGAAACAAUUGCUUCAUUCCUAAGUUAACUGACAGUCACCGGAGCAAUCGAGCCGAUCACCGGAACUUUUUCCCUCGAGAUAACCCCACAAGAUCUCCGAAAGCCCCGUAUGUUUCGAGCCUACCGAAACUUUCUCCCCCGAGAUAAUAACCCCACAAGAUAUCCCAAACCCCUCAUCAUCCCCAACCGCCUAGGCUCGCGAUCAUAUUCCAAACUCCAAAAGAUUUCUUCACAAAUCUCACUUCCUUCGAGAGAAUUUCAGCUUGAAAUUACGUCCACAAAUCUUUCGAAGUCUUCGUGCAGCAUUACAUUAGAUAAUCGGUUUAUUCAUCUUUGCCCGUUAUCCGCAAUUGUAAAGGAAGUGUUAUCAUCAAUGUUACCAUUGUCAUCAAGCAACAUUGGUGCUGAAACUUCCUUUCUAUACAAGUGGACAAUCUUCAGUGCAAGCUUCUGUGUACUCAUUGCUCUUAUCCUCUCAAUGUGUCUAAUGUUUGAGCACUUAUCUGCAUACAAUCAACCUGAGGAGCAGAAGUUUCUAAUUGGGCUUAUCCUAAUGGUCCCUGUUUAUGCAUUGGUAUCGCUUUUGUCACUGUUGGAUUCAGAUGCUGCAUUCAACUAUGAAGUAGUCAGGGAUUGCUAUGAAGCUUUUGCAUUAUAUUGCUUUGAGAGAUAUCUCAUAGCCUGCUUAGGUGGAGAGGAUAAUACUAUUAAAUUCAUGGAAAGUAAAAGCCUAAUCACCUCAAGCAUCCCACUUAUAGAAGAAUCAUAUACUUAUGGAAUUGUGGAACAUCCUUUUCCACUGAAUUACAUGUUGAGGGAGUGGUAUCUUGGCUCUGAUUUCUACCAAGCUGUAAAAAUUGGGAUUGUUCAAUACAUGAUCCUGAAGCCCAUAUGUGCACUUCUAGCAAUAUUUUUUCAGUUUCUUGGAGUUUAUGGUGAAGGAAAAUUUGAAUGGGGAUACGCCUAUCCAUACUUGGCACUAGUCCUUAACUUCAGCCAAAGUUGGGCCUUGUAUUGCCUCAUACAGUUCUAUUCAGUAAUCAAAGAUAAGUUAGCACCAAUUAAACCUUUAGCCAAGUUUCUGACUUUUAAGUCAAUAGUAUUCUUAACAUGGUGGCAAGGUGUUGCUGUUGCCUUUCUUUUUUCCAUGGGUGCCCUUCAAGGUUCUUUAGCUCAAGAACUAAAAACCCGCAUUCAAGAUUACAUCAUCUGUAUCGAGAUGGGUGUUGCUGCAGUGGUGCAUCUAUAUGUAUUUCCAGCAGCACCUUACAAACGAGGUGAAAGAUGCGUACGCAAUGUUGCUGUGAUGGAGGACUAUGCAUCUUUAGGUUCGGAACCUGCUCCGGAUGAGGUUCGGGAUUGUGAGAGAACCACAAAAUUACGGUUUAGUCCUCAUGGUGAAAUCGAAAAGCGUAUGAAGUUACAUCAAAGUGUUCGUGAUGUGGUUGUUGGAAGCGGUGAAAUCAUGGUUGAUGAUAUGAAGUUUACGGUGUCGCAUGUGGUGGAGCCGGUUGAAAGGGGAAUAGCGAAAAUAAAUAAAACUUUUCAUGAGAUAUCAAAGAAUGUGAAACGACAUGAGAAGAGAAUAAAGAGCUCUAAAGAUGAUAUUCAUGUUAUCCCUUUAAAUUCAUGGAGUAAGGAAUUUUCUGAAGGGGAUGAUGAUGGAGUAGGAGGGAGUUUUAGUGACAGUAGUGUCUUUGAAGGGAGGAGGCCACGUCAGCAAUCGAAAUCAAAUUACAUAUUUGGAUAUCAUCUAUACAGCUGGGUGAUUAAGAUACUUGAUUCUGUUACCACUAUAACUAAUGCGGACUCGGGAAUGUGGGGUCCACGGACAAACGCCUCUGGUGGGUUCAAAGGGCGAGAUCUAGGGGCAUUGCCUAUAGCGGGUCGAAGGGUAGAGCCCUUGGCGGGCCAGAUCCUUAAUGAAAAAAUUGACCCGGAGAAAAUUGCCCACAAAUAUCAACUGUCACAACCGUUGGAAAUAGUUGUUACUUUUCCCACCAAAUUAACCGAAUUAAACUGCCAUCUUCUUUAUAAAUUGAUGGGAAUAGUUGUACUACUGAAACUUUAG